UCACGAAUUGCAAUUUUUUUUACAACAAAAAGGCUUUUGUCAAAAUUUCGGAGACAUCUAUAGUGUCAGUCAAAUCAAAGCUACGGAAAAAGUUAGAGUAAACCACAAGCAUUUCGGAUUUAAUUUAUCUGGAGUAUAUACAGAGAAGCACGUUCCGCAACUCAUUGACGCACAACCAUAGACAGUAAUAAAAAUGACAUCCUUGGACCAGAAUCGUUUGCAAAACUUUAAAAACAAAGGGAAGGAUCAGGAUGAAAUGCGUCGCAGGCGUAAUGAAGUGACUGUAGAACUACGUAAAAACAAGCGCGACGAGACAAUAUUAAAGCGUCGUAACGUUCCCAAUCUGGAUUCGAACACAGACGAGGACGAGCAAUUGCCUAAUUCAAUAAACCUGAAAAAGCUGGCUCAGGCCGCCGCAGAUCCUUCGAAACCAGACCAACAGUUGGCCGCUGUUCAAGCAGCACGGAAACUGCUGUCGUCUGACAAGAAUCCACCCAUCAAUGAUCUGAUUAACAGCGAUAUUCUGCCCAUUCUGGUUGAAUGUCUAAAGCCGCAUAAUCAUACAAUGCUCCAAUUUGAGGCUGCUUGGGCGUUGACUAACAUUGCAUCCGGCACUUCCGAUCAAACCAAUCAGGUUGUUGCGGCUGGCGCUGUGCCGCUCUUUCUUCAGUUGCUUAAGUCACCUGCUCCGAAUGUCUGUGAACAGGCUGUCUGGGCACUGGGAAAUAUUAUAGGCGACGGGCCUUUGCUGCGCGACUUUGUUAUUAAGCAUGGCGUUGUUCAACCAUUGCUAUCAUUCAUAAAGCCCGAUAUUCCAAUAUCGUUUUUGCGUAACGUUACCUGGGUAAUUGUAAAUUUGUGCAGGAACAAGGAUCCACCGCCGCCACCUACCACUAUACACGAAAUCCUGCCUGCACUAAAUGUGCUCAUCCACCACACUGACACAAAUAUUUUGGUCGACACUGUAUGGGCCAUUAGCUAUCUAACAGACGGUGGUAACGAUCAAAUCCAAAUGGUAAUUGACAGUGGUGUUGUCCCCAAGCUAAUACCGCUUUUAGGCAAUAGUGAAGUUAAGGUGCAAACGGCGGCUCUUCGCGCCGUUGGCAAUAUUGUUACAGGGUCAGACGAGCAGACACAAGUGGUGCUCAAUUACGACGCAUUGUCGUAUUUUCCAGCGCUGCUGUCGCAUCCCAAAGAAAAAAUACGCAAAGAGGCUGUCUGGUUCCUCUCAAAUAUUACAGCCGGUAACGAGUCGCAGGUCCAGGCUGUUAUCAAUGUUGGCCUACUCCCCAAGAUUAUUGAUAACCUCAGCAAAGGCGAAUUUCAGACGCAGAAGGAGGCUGCAUGGGCCAUAAGUAACCUGACCAUCAGCGGAAGGCCUGAGCAGGUGUUUACAUUAAUUAAGGAAGGUGUCAUACCGCCUUUUUGCGAUCUGCUUUCGUGCCAGGACACUCAAGUUAUCAAUGUUGUGCUUGAUGGUCUCAAUAAUAUGCUCAAAGUGGCCGCAUCUCAUGUAGAGGAGGUGGCCAAUUUGAUUGAAGAAUGUGAAGGUCUCGCCAAAAUUGAACGAUUGCAAAACCAUGAGAAUGUCGAGAUCUACAAACUGGCUUAUGAAAUAAUCGAAAAAUACUUCACAGAGGGCGAACAAUCUAAUUUAGCACCGACCUCAGACGGCACAGAAUACAACUUUGAUCCAAGCACUGACAAACUUCAGAUGAAUUCAUUCAACUUUUAACCCGUUUGAGCGAGAUAAAAUGUGUAUGCAUAUGCAUAUGAAAUAAGCAAUUAUCAAUAAGAUUUCGUCGUUCGAUACUCUGUACCCAUCAACAACUGCAAGGCAUACAUACUACAUACAUUUAUACAGACAGAUGUGAGGACUCUAUAAAAAAGCCAAGUUACGAACACAGCAAACUAACGGGAAAACUUACUAUUCGAAACCAAACCCAAACCGCAACUAUUUAUGUUGAAAUUUUUGUUUACUGUAAUUUAUACAUGUACUAUGUAAAGAUCAA